ACAAUCGCAAUAAAUCAACUGCAGGGGGAGACAGAAGCUUCACUUUUCAGCUGCGUUGGUAUCUCGCAAGAGCAUUGAGUCAUCAUGCCUGUGGAUAUUAAUGAAUGGACAGGUUCUCUAGCGCUUACAGAGGUGGAGGAACAGCCAGCCGAGCCUCUGAUUGUCAAAUAUGGCUCUUUGGAAAUUGACGCUCUGGGGAAAGUGUUCACUCCCACUCAGGUGCAGAAUCGGCCCACAGCCAUUGAGUGGGAGGGAUGUGACCCCAGUAAGCUGUACACAUUGGCCAUGACCGAUCCAGAUGCACCCAGCCGAAAAGACCCCAAAUUUCGGGAAUGGCAUCACUUCCUCGUCGUCAACAUGAAAGGAAAUGACAUCACCAGUGGAUGUGUCAUGUCAGACUAUGUUGGCGCAGGACCUCCGAAGGGUACAGGCCUGCAUCGUUACGUGUGGCUGGUUUAUGAGCAGUCAGCCAGCAUCAGCUGCACCGAAGCAGUCCUGACCAAUCGCUCUGGAGACAACCGGGGAAAAUUCAAGAUCCAGAGUUUCCGCAAGAAAUACGGCCUUGGUGCUCCAAUCGCUGGGUCUUGCUUCCAGGCGGAGUGGGACGACUACGUGCCCAAACUUUACCAACAGCUUGCUGGCAAAUAAGGAAAUAAUUUAGAGCUUGAUUCGGUACAUUUUCACUAAUAAACUAAACCUUUCUUUGCUUUAAAAGCUGUGUAGAAAUUAUGAAUUAUUCAUAUUUAGUUCUAGUUGAGUUGAAAGGGAACUGAUCAAGAUACUUCAACCUAUGCCUUCAUUUGUCACCUCGCUUGGAGACUGCCUUCAGUUAAAAAAAAAAAAAAAAAAGACUUUGCACCUUUGAAAUUGAAUUUCUGUUGUAUUUGUGGCUGCACCUUUAAUUUCACAAAAUUCUCAACGCAGUAUAUUGGAAAAAAAUCCCUGGCAAAUAAAAUCAGACUACAAAAAGA